AUUCAGAAACACUCUGUACAAUUUUUAUUACACUGAAAGAAAUAUAUGAAGGUAAUUGCAUGAACAACUCAAGUAUUAAAUUGCAAAGACAGCUUAAAUGCUCAUUCAUAUAUGAAUUCUUUCACCCUCAUAUACAUGACUGCAUGAACAACUCAAGUAUUA